GAAGUGCUUUAUGCCGACUUCCUCAAGAGCAACACCCGCUCGAACUUGACGCAGCUCACAGCACACUGCGAGCCCGAGAUCUCGCCUGCACAAAAUCUAUUUGUGCUUGGUAUCACCGCAAGCUCACUGCCAACAAGAGUUUCGUGGUCGGCUUCACUCGCCACCCACAUAUCUGGACAGCCGACACCAGAGACAAUCCUCGACUAGACAAGCUGGUUCGCCAAUUGCGCCCAGCAACACGGCCAGGGCGUGCCCUCACACAGACACCAGGCGAAACACAGCCGGUCUAAAGUCUCGGUUCCCUCCACAGCACUCGCAAACCCUCACCAGCCCGACGAACAAGAUCACAAGUAGCCUUCCGUCCGGCAAUCCCAUCCUUCAGAACCACACGAACGCGCCAAGCGCGUGACAAUCGCCAAUCAUGGACACAAUGGACUUGGACAUGGAGAUGGAGGUAGAGGUGGACCUCGUGCCCGACGAGCCGAUAGUGCCAGAAGCAUACCUGGAAGACUUGGCACCACGCUCGCCCGGCGAAGUCACCGAAGACCCUGAAGCGAUUGCGCCGACCAAAGUCCACAUACGAGGCCUCGACGUGCUGAACCCAAAGGAGCUCAAGGCCUACGUGGCGGAGCACUUCCCCGAGACGUCGUUCAGCAGGAUAGAAUGGAUCGACGACACGUCCGCGAACCUGCUCUUCGGCGCCGAGGACGUCGCCUCGCGGGCCCUCGCCGCGCUGGCCGCCGAGACCAUCGUGGACGUCGCGGGCUUGCCGCUCAAGCAGCUCCUGCCCGCGAAGCCGUUCUCCCAGCGGCCCGAGGUCGCGCUGCAGGUGCGCCGCGCGGUCUGGGGCGACAAGAAGCAGCAGGGCGCCGCGCAGCGGAGCAGGUUCUACCUGCUGAACCCGGAGUACGACCCGGAAGAGCGCGCGCGGCGGCGUGGAGAGACGCGCAGGUAUCGCGAUCGGGACGGCGGCGACGACUACGGCAGGCGGCAGCAGCAGCCGCGGAGGACACGCGAGGACGAGCCCAAGGACCAUUUCGACGUCAACCUGUACGACGACGACGAGGCUGCGCUGGCGACGCGAUCUGGCGGAGACGCGCGCAGCUCGAGGCGCAGGAGGUCGUACACGCCCGACUCUGACGACGGCGGGCGGAGACGUGCUAGCCCGGGCCGGAGGGAGAAUGCCGGCAAGGAGCUGUUCCCGCUGGGUGGAGAUGCGACGACGGGACGGGAGCCGCGCUCGCGGCGGAAUGGCGCCUCGCGAGACCGGUCGAGAUCUCCGAUACGCGACAGGGAUGGCGAUCGCGACAUGGACGGAUUUGCCAGCGACGCUUCGGCGGCACGGAACCGCGACAGGGCGAGGGCGGUCAAGAGCCACAUGCAGCGCAGCAACAGGGCGAGGGAGCUGUUCCCCACGGCAGACAAGGGCGACGGGCGGCUUGGUGAUAAGCUCGAGGACGCCACGGAGCUCCUGGCCAAGGGCAUCAUGCUGCCGCUCAUGGACGGCAGCAACGACGUGCCUUCUACUACGACGUCAUCGAGGAGCCAGAGCCGCCGUCUCGAAGACAGGAUCUCGGCGCCUGGGCAGGGUGGAAGACUGGCAGACAGGAUAUCUGAUCCGGCAGCAGGCGGCUCGGCGUUCAGCAUUCGCGGCGCUGCAAGCAAGGAGAGCGCAGACCAGGGCUUUGCUAUCAAGGGCAUGGGCAAGUCUGCAAGAGAGCUAUUCCCGGACAAGUUUGGAGGUGGAAGCACUGGCAACGAGAACAAGGAGCUCUUUGGAAACCGGGGAGGAGCGCGGAACAGGAAGAAGGCAGGUGACCUGUUCGAUUGAGACUGGUCACGGAGGUGAGGCGGGUCAUCCUGGAUAUGUCCAAAGGAGCAGACCAGGCACCAAGGCGACGCCAUGCAACACAAGAAUGACUUGGUGACGAUGGCAAAACAAAAAGAUAUCCCAAGAGGCCGUGCCGUGCGAUAGCAUUGGAAUAUACCUGACUUCUGGUGACUCGAAUACACGUGCCCACUCCGUCACUUUCUUCAUCGAUUCGACUGUCUAGAGAGGUGUUUACGACUAUACGCUGGCUCACACUUGUAGCAUGCAUACUAGCAAGACGUCAUGGCCUGAUGGUUGGCGCGCACAAGCCUACAUGCAAUAAUAGGGUAGAAUUGUG